AUGAUCAAGCCAACUAUUGAAGCAGUGGUUCACAACCCUUCAGUAGUCCUCUACGGGGUGCUGGGACUAAUCAUUCUAAAAUUUUUGUUCCAAGGAAUCACAAAUCCUCUUGCGAGUAUACCGGGUCCCGAGAUCUCGAAGUGGACAGACGCGGUCUAUUGGUAUUACUGGCUCCGCGGCGAGAUCCUGCCCUAUAUCCAUUCGCUUCACUUGCAGUAUGGGCCUAUCGUUCGAAUCAACACAUUCCAGGUCGACAUCAACGAUUAUCAUAACGCGAAAGAAAUCCACAAAACCAACACUCCGUUUGUGAAAGGAGACCUGUAUCGCCGGUUCAUUGCGAACAACAUCGAGAACAUCUUCUCCACCGCCAAUCAGCAAUUCCAUGCUAGUCGUCGUCGACUGCUAGCAACGGCCAUGUCGGACUCGUCGCUAACGCGCCAUGAACCCUUGGUCCAUAUGCGAGCCAGCAUGGCUGUUGAUGGAAUCAUGAGAGAACUCAAGACACGGGGCGUGUCCGAUGUUUUCAAGUGGUGGUUAUUCCUUGCGACUGAUGUCAUCGGCGAGCUGAGCUUUGGGGAGUCGUUCCAAAUGCUAGAGGCGGGUGAGAAAAACCAAUAUUCUAUGGAUCUAGAACAGAUCUCGGCCAUCCAGCCCUUCCGAGUGGUCUUCCCUAAUCUGAUCAAGAUGGGACGCUAUCUGCCUAUCCCGUUUUUCAACAAAGUUGCUGCAUCCGGAAAGAGACUCGCUAUGUAUCCUAGGAAAUGCAUUGAGCGAUAUAAAAAGAUUCUCGCGGAGCACCCGGAAAACGCAAAGCUUACUCUGUUUACGAAGGUGUUUGACACUGAAAAGAGUUGUAUGACCGAGACAGAUAUCCAGAACGAAGCUCAGGGUUACAUUAUCGCUGGUAGUGAUACUACCGCAGUUUCCCUCACGUAUCUCACUUACGCCGUCUGUCGUGAUACCCGCAUCCGGGACAAACUCGUAGCUGAGUUGGAGAAACUCCCAAAAGAGUAUACGGACAAGGACCUCCGAAAUCUUCCAUAUCUCAACCAUGUGAUUGACGAAACGCUGCGUUUAUACUCUGCUGCUCCUGGUGCAUUGCCAAGAAUUGUCCCACCAGAAGGUGCUCAAUUCAAUGGAUACUAUAUCAAGGGUGGAUUGACGGUGUCGACCAGUGCUUACUGUCUUCAUCGUGUUUCUGGGGUUUACCCUGAUCCAGAAAGGCAGGCCGCUUUCUUCCUCUCAAAUCUACUAUUCUAA